CUGUCGCGUCGUCUCAGCCCCCAAGAUCGCUGCGUUGGACGGGACGGGGCAGCCACACGCCCCCCUCCCACACUGCGCGGGCUAAGGGCGAAGCGUGAGGCCUCCCCGGGACACCGUCCCUGAGGGGGCUCCUUGUUAAACUACCCCGAUCCCCCCCGACUUUCUGUUUUCUCCCUUAAAACUAGAAGCGCGGCCCGUGGUUUAGAAUUAGCCAACCAUGGUCCUCACCAGCGUGGGAAGGAUAGCCGGUCUCCAGAGGAAGAGUUCAGGCAUCAGGAAUAUCUGUAUAUUGGCCCAUGUGGAUCAUGGCAAAACUACUCUAGCUGAUUGUCUGAUAUCUAGCAAUGGAAUAAUCUCUAGCCGCUUGGCAGGAAAGCUGAGAUACCUAGACAGUAGAGAAGAUGAGCAGGUCCGAGGAAUAACGAUGAAAUCUAGUGCAAUUUCAUUGCACUUUGUGAAAGGUGAUCAGGAGUAUCUGAUUAAUUUAAUAGACUCCCCAGGGCAUGUGGAUUUUUCUUCGGAAGUAUCUACUGCUGUCCGGCUCUGUGAUGGUUGCAUUAUAGUGGUGGAUGCUGUUGAAGGAGUCUGUCCACAGACUCAAGCAGUUCUACGGCAAGCAUGGCUAGAAAAUAUACGUCCGGUAUUGGUAAUUAAUAAAAUUGAUCGCUUGAUUGUGGAACUCAAGCUCACCCCUCUGGAGGCAUACUUGCACCUUAAGAAUAUCUUAGAACAGAUCAAUGCAGUCACUGGAGCACUAUUUACCUCUAAAGUCUUAGAAGAAAGAGCUGAAAAAGAAACAGAAAGUGAAACUCUUACAGAUGCUUCACCAGGAGAUCAGGUUUAUGAUUGGAGUGCUGGACUGGAAGAAACCGAUGAUUCACAUCUUUACUUUUCACCAGACCACGGAAAUGUGGUGUUUGCCAGUGCAGUUGAUGGCUGGGGUUUUGGCAUUGAACAUUUUGCCAAACUGUACAGCCAAAAGAUUGGAAUUAAGACUGCAGUACUUCUGAAGACUUUAUGGGGAGAUUAUUAUCUAAAUACAAAAGCAAAGAAGAUAAUGAAAGGUGAUCAGUCAAAAGGAAAGAAACCUUUGUUUGUGCAGUUGGUGCUGGACAACAUAUGGAGUCUGUAUGAAGCUGUUAUGAAAAGAGACAAAGAAAAAAUUGAAAAGAUAGUCACCUCUUUGGGAUUGAAAAUUGGUCCACGGGAGUCACAACAUGCAGACCCCAAAGUUCAUCUUAAUGCUAUUUGUAGCCAGUGGCUACCGCUAUCUGAUGCAGUCCUCUCCAUGGUGUGUAAUAAACUUCCCAGUCCUCUUGAUAUCACUGCGGAGAGAGUGGAGAAGCUGAUGUGUGUUGGAGCUAGAACAUUUGAUUCUUUGCCUCCGGAAACUCAGGAACUGAAAAGUGCUUUUAUGAGAUGCAGUAGUGAAGGAACAGCUCCAGUUAUUGUCUUUGUUUCCAAAAUGUUUGCUGUUGAUGCAAAGGCAUUACCACACAGUAAACCCAGGCCUUUAACUCAAGAAGAAAUAGCUCGUCGGCGUGAACUUGCAAAGCGAAGACAUGCAGAAAAAUUGGCAGCAAAUCAGGGAAAGGAGCUGUCAGAAAAGCCCCCAAAUGAAAAUUCAUCUGAAGUAACUGGGAACACUGGUGACACAAAAGGUGAAGAGCAACAGCUCACUGGUCAAGUAGAGAUCACGACCGCAAAGACAAUGAAAGAGGAAGCAGAAAACAAGGAGUCUUUUGUUGCUUUUGCUAGAGUGUUCAGUGGUGUGGUACGAAGAGGGCAAAAGAUCUUUGUUUUGGGACCAAAAUAUGAUCCUGCUGAGGCUUUACACAAGCUGUCAUCCCAGUGUUCUCCUGCAGAUGAUCUGCCAGUAGUACCUCAUAUGACCAGCUGUACGUUGGAUAAUCUCUACUUGCUUAUGGGAAGAGAACUUGAAGAUCUUGAAGAAGUACCAGCAGGAAAUGUUCUGGGAAUAGGAGGCCUGCAAGAUUUUGUGCUGAAAUCUGCAACGCUGUCAACAUCACCGGCUUGUCCACCAUUUACACCUCUCAACUUUGAAGCUACACCAAUUGUGCGAGUAGCCGUCGAACCUAAACAUCCAAGUGAUAUGCCUCAUCUGGUCAGAGGAAUGAAGCUCUUAAACCAAGCUGAUCCAUGUGUGCAAGUUUUAAUCCAGGAGACGGGAGAGCAUGUGCUAGUGACAGCAGGAGAAGUUCAUCUUCAGCGUUGCUUGGAUGACCUGACAGAAAGGUUUGCUAAGGUACAGAUUAGUGUAUCAGCACCAAUUAUACCAUUCCGAGAGACGAUAACAAGACCUCCGAAAGUUGACAUGGUGAAUGAGGAAAUAGGAAAACAGCAGAAAGUUGCCGUCAUACACCAAGCAAAAGAGGACCAAAAUAAAAUUCCUGAAGGAAUUCAGGUCGAUUCAGAUGGCCUUGUUACAAUAUCUACUCCAAAUAAACAGGCUACUCUCAGCGUAAGAGCAAUGCCACUGCCUGAGGAGGUAACUCGACUUCUUGAAGAAAACAGUGAAUUAAUUCGAACUAUGGAGCAACUCAGCACGUCUCUGAAUGAAGAUAAAAAAACUCAUGAGAUAAAUCAGAAGACUCUGGAUAGGAUCAGGGAAUUCAAACAGAAGUUGGAGCAAAAUCUGCAGGGAAGAAAGUGGAGAAAUGCUGUUGAUCGUAUCUGGUCAUUUGGACCACGAAAGUGUGGGCCUAAUAUUUUGUUAUAUAAUUUUGCGGGCUAUGAUAGGUCUGUGUGGCAGUGCCUUGGGAAUGCUGUGAAAGAAGUAAGUAAAUAUAGAGACUUUGACAACAGCAUAGUGAGCGGAUUUCAGCUGGCUUCACUUUCAGGUCCCAUGUGCGAAGAACCUCUUAUGGGUGUUUGUUUUACAGUAGAAAAAUGGGAGAUGCUGUCAACUAGUAGUCAGGAUUCAGAGGAACGUGAUGCCAUGGAACACAAACAAAAUGAAGAUACUACUCCAACAAGCAGUCGCACUGAUGAAGUUUGCAGUGUGAAUGAACAACAGGACAGCAGUGAAAGUGUUUCUAAAUCACCUGAGAAAAUAAAUAAACAUAAAGGAGAAGUUUCUCUUGCAGGUUGUUAUGGUCCCUUCUCUGGACAAUUGAUUGCCACCAUGAAGGAAGCUUGUCGUUACGCUUUGCAAGCAAAACCACAGAGGCUUAUGGCAGCCAUGUACACAUGUGAAAUUAUGGCCACUGCAGAAGUUUUAGGUCGUGUGUAUGCUGUCUUGUCCAGAAGAGAAGGCAGAGUGUUACAAGAGGAGAUGAAAGAGGGGACCGAUAUGUUUAUUAUUAAGGCUGUCCUGCCAGUAGCAGAAAGCUUUGGUUUUGCUGAUGAAAUCAGGAAGAGAACUAGUGGCCUGGCUAGUCCGCAGCUGGUGUUCAGCCACUGGGAGAUCAUUUCGAGUGACCCAUUCUGGGUACCAACCACUGAGGAAGAAUAUUUGCACUUUGGGGAGAAGGCGGACUCUGAGAACCAGGCGCGCAAGUAUAUGAAUGCAGUAAGAAAGCGAAAGGGACUUUAUGUAGAAGAAAAAAUUGUGGAACAUGCUGAAAAGCAAAGAACUCUCAGUAGAAAUAAGUAGCUGUGUCUGCUUCCUUUCUCUUCUGACUCAGCUAAGUGCAGGUGGAUUAUUUUCUAUGCAGCAGAUUCAAAAUUUCAUCUGGACUUUGUUCUUUGAUGCCACUUUUCUUACAUGCUUUAAUGUCUGUGGCUUAUGUUUUAAUAAACUUAGGCCUUUCCAACUUUCAUACAGAGAAAAUGGUUUAUUUAAAUAGAAACUUGUUCGUUACAAUUGAUCUCAAUUUUUAAAACUGACUGCCCUGUUUGAAUUUUCUUGUUACAAGAUUAUGAACUCCUAGUUUAAUCUGUUUCUUUCUGAUUUAUCAGAUGUGAUUACAGUUAGAGAUGUUUAGCUAGUUUGUUGCAAAUAAACUAUGCACUGAAUUAAGCUCCUUAAUGUUUUUGACUCUGCUCUUUAAAUUCAAUUUAAUUUCUGUAAUGCAUUUGUUAUUCACGAGUACUUUCCGUUCUUACUUAUGUGCAAAUAGGUGUAAACCCAUGAGGAGAUUCUGAAAUCCUUUACUCUGUUCCUCAUGUAAGCAGCCAUUUAAAUCAGCAGUGUACCCUCUUUAAAUCAGAGGGAAAAUAGAGCACAUAUGGAAGGCCAAGAAUUGAAAACCAAGCAAGAUUUGUCUUUUUUCCCUUCUUGAAACAUAUAGAAUCAUAGAAUGGUUUGGGUUGGAAGGGACCUUAAUAAUCAUCCGGUUCCAACCCCUGUGCCAUAGCCAGGGACCUCUUCCACUAGAUCAGGUUGCUCAUAGCCUCAUCCAACCUGGUCUUGAUAUCUAAUCUUAUUAAAACGUUCCUAUGAUUACCCUAAGCUGGGAGCUGCAUUUUCUGAAUUAGGCACGCAGCUAAAUCUGCCAAUCCUGUGUGAGCAUUUACAGCCUCUUGCAGAAUUGCCUACCCAUGCAGCCUGUUGUCUUGAAUUCAUUGAAGGGCAACACUUGCAAAGACAUGCAAAAUGUCUUGCUGUUUGCAGAUGUCUAGGGUGCAGAAGGCUCCAAAAUGAUUCAAACCGAGACUAACAGGGAGAGAAGUCUUCACAGAGUGUAAGUUUUGGUUAAGAAAAAUUGAAACUUUGGAUAGAAGAGGGGAAACAUGAUGCAUGAAUUAUCUUCCAAUUUGACUGCUUUGAAUUUUGAAAAGAAAGGAUGACAAGAAUUCUACAGGGUUAAGACUGACUAGAUUAAUGUCCCUGAAGAGUUUCCAAUGUUUAGUUAAAUGAAUGGAGAAUAAGUAAUAUUUUCCCAACUGACUUUGUUACCUCAUCUUUGUUAAUUGCAGAGAGUUCUGUUUCAGAUAACCAUGCAAACAAGUUGUCCUUUUCUUUCCAGAAUAUAUCCAUUUCUUUAAUUUGUGAUUGCCUUAUACUCCUUUAGCACCUGCUUGGUCUUUCUGAAUAAAUAUUCUUUGUGUGUGAAUUAACGCAGCAGGCAGAAGUAAACUCAUAUCGGUUUUGCUUCCUAUGUGAAAGAAAACGGUUACUUGUUUCACAAGUAGAAUGAUUUUGAAGGCUUAACUUGUAUUUUAAAUAGCAGCCUUUUCUUUUCCAGCCUGUUUGCUUUCAUUAUGGAAAUGUUCCCUUUUAAGAUUUUAUUUAUGAAUUAUUCAAGCGAAUGAAAUAUUUGCCUUCCUUAGAAGGUUGUUCUGUAUAUUGCUCUUUUUUUUUUGUGAGGAGUGUCUGGAUAGCAGCCCUAGUAAGAGCUUGAACAAACAUACAUGGUUUGGGCGCUGCCAGCUGAUGUGGCCAUGGAAGACAUGGUAACUUAUUGCAGCCUGCAAAAACCAGGCGGGACACAAAUGUUUUUAAUGAGAUCUUGGCUAAUAGAGCUAUCCUGCUUGCUGAAUCCAACAUAGAGUUAGGGAUGAAUCAUCUCCAGUCACAAAGGUGCUUGAAUAGAUUAUGUAGAGAUGGACAAGUCGGUCAUCUUUGUGACUGCAUAAUUAUUAACUGUAAUCUACUUGAGUAAGCAGAAAGACCGUUAACUUAGAUUUAAAAUAUUUCACAGUAGCUUUCAUAUUUUGUUAUGGUAUAUUUUCAGAUUGCAUCUCAAACAGUAUGAAGAUGAUAAUUAAUUCAGGAUGUUGCAACACUAUUAUUUGUAAAAACUCCACUAAACUAACAGAAGAAAAUCAAGCCCACCUGCAUGAAGUGUAACAGCUUUAGUAACAGCUACUAGUGGGAAGAGAAUCUAAUUGCUUAUGUGCUGUGAAUCUCUAACCAUUUUUCUCUGGAUUUUUCAAAAAAGUAACCUGAUGUAGCUGUUUUUCCCCAGCUUUGUUACACGUACAUAACAAUAGGACAUAAUUUUGGAAAAUCUUCUACAUUAAAUUUUCAGGUAGUAAAUGUUCUCUUAAUACUAUAAUAUGAGGGGGCUCGCCUUGUUAUUAUUCUCCUAUUUUGACUAUAGCUAAACUUUUCUAUGGAUCUAAAAGCGCUUUCAUUAAAUUUGUGAAUAAUGUAGGUUAUCGUCUACAGGAAAAGUGACCUGAAUAUAAAGUAUUAUUAAAAGCACUGAUGUACCAAAGCUUUCAAUUCCAAGACAGGAAUAUUUUCACCCUGUGUAUCACCCCAUCCCACCUUGAUACAAAUGCAGAAAGCAAAGGAAAUAUACUGUCUUGUUUGAAACAGGUGUUUUAUUUUUUAGUUUUUGAACUUCAAGCUUAUAAUUGAAUUUUUCAGAUUCACUUCUGACAUCUCAGCUGUGACUGGGGGGUAUAAGACACAAGCAUCCACAUUGGUCAUGUUACCAGGCACAAAGUGCUUUUAAGAAAAGCUGAUGCCAUUUCCACAGCCAUAACUCAAGUUUCUUGGGAAUUUUCUGCAAGGUGAGAUCCAAGGAAAUUGAGGAAUGGUUGGCAGAAUAUGGUGUAGAAUCUCUUUAUUUUAAACCACGUGUAGAUCUGUAAAAUGAUUAAAAAGUGGAUGCUUUUCUUGUUGUGCUGUUCUUUACCAGUUUGCA